AUGGCGGCUCCGGCUCCGCGGCCGCCCGGCCUGUGCUGCUGCCGCAAGGGCUCCGCGGCCGGGCCGGAGGCGCCGCCGGCCCCGCCGCCGCCUCCCGAGCCACCGCCGGACGUGGCGUCGGCGUCCAGCUCGCAGCUCUUCAGCCUGAGGCACCUGCACCUGGGGCUGGAGCUGCGGCCCGAGGCGCGGGCGCUGGCGGGCUGCCUGGUGCUGGAGCUCUGCGCGCUGCGCCCGCAGCCCCGCGCCCUGGUGCUGGACGUGCACCCGGCGCUGCGCGUCCUCUCGGCCGCUUUCCGCCGUGCCGCGGCCGGGGAAGCGCCCUGCGCCUUCGCCUUCUCGCCCGCCGAGGCCGCCGCCGCCCCGGCCCCGCCGCCCCCGCCGCCCUGCCCGCCGCCGCCGCCGCCCUGCGCGCCGCCCUGCGCCGCCAGCCCGCCCGCCACCGCCACCUUCCUCUCGGCGCCCUGCAUCGCCGCCGGACCGCUGCCCCCCGCCGCCCCCCCGGGGGACCCGCCCGCCGGCCCCCCGCCUGCCGCCGAGCCGCCGCCGCCGCUGCCCCUCUUCGCCCAGCCGCCCUGCUCCGCCUGCCCGCUCGGCUUCAGGGUGGACCCCUUCACCGACUACGGCUCGUCCCUCACGGUCUCCCUGCCCGCCGCCCUGCAGCCGCACCAGCCCUUCCAGAUCAUCGUCCGCUACACCACGGCCGACGGCCCCGCCAUCUGGUGGCUGGAUCCAGAGCUGACGUACGGCAAUGCCAAGCCCUUUGUCUUCACCCAGGGACACUCGGUGUGUAACCGCUCCUUCUUCCCCUGCUUUGACACCCCUGCAGUGAAAUGCACCUACUCAGCUACUGUCAAGGCUCCAGCAGGCAUACAGGUGUUGAUGAGUGCCACCCAAAGCUCCUACCUAGAAGAGGAAGGUGUAUAUCAAUUUUACAUGGAAUAUCCAGUUCCUGCCUACCUAGUGGCCUUGGUGGCUGGAGACCUCAUACAUGCAGACAUAGGUCCAAGGAGCAGAGUGUGGGCAGAGCCUUGCCUUCUGCCAACAGCCAUCAGCAAACUUUCUGGCAUUGUUGAACGCUGGUUGACUGCUGCAGAGAGUCUGUAUGGCCCCUAUAUAUGGGGAAGAUAUGACAUCGUUUUUCUUCCUCCAUCCUUCCCUAUUGUUGCCAUGGAAAACCCAUGCCUGACCUUCAUCAUCUCUUCCAUUCUGGAGAGUGAUGAGUUUUUGAUCAUUGAUGUCAUUCAUGAAGUUGCCCACAGCUGGUUUGGGAACGCGGUCACCAACGCCACGUGGGAGGAGAUGUGGCUGAGCGAGGGCCUGGCCACCUAUGCGCAGCGCCGGAUCACCACCGAGACCUACGGAGCUGCCUUCACUUGUUUGGAGACCGCAUUCCGCCUCGAUGCUCUCCACAGACAGAUGAAGCUCCUUGGAGAAGACAACCCGGUCAGCAAGCUUCAGGUUAAACUGGAGCCAGGUGUAAAUCCUAGUAAUUUAAUGAACCUCUUCACCUAUGAGAAAGGCUACUGCUUUGUUUACUACCUGUCCCAGCUCUGUGGUGACCCCAGACACUUUGACUCCUUCCUAAGAGCCUACAUUGAGAAGUAUAAAUUUACCAGCGUUGUGGCUCAAGAUCUUCUGGAUUCCUUCCUGAAUUUUUUUCCAGAGCUGAAAGAGCAAUGUGUUGAGAGCAAAGCAGGACUGGAGUUUGAACGUUGGCUCAAUGCUACAGGACCUCCGUUAGCUGAGCCAGACUUAUCUCAGGGAUCCAGUCUGACCAGACCAGUGGAAACACUCUUCAAACUCUGGACCACAGAGCCUCUGGACUCUGUUGCUGCUGCCAGCAGUGUUGACCUCACUAAAUGGAGAACGUUCCAAACUGUGCUUUUCCUGGACAGAUUGCUGGAUGGAUCACCACUGCCACAUGAGGUGAUAAAAAAGCUCUCGGAAUGUUACUCCUCUCAGCUGGACUCCAUGAACGCAGAAAUCCGUAUCCGCUGGUUGCAGAUUGUAGUCCGAAAUGACUAUUACCCAGACCUUUACAAAGUCCGUCGCUUCUUGGAAAACCAGAUGUCUCGGAUGUACACAAUUCCACUUUACGAGGACCUUUGCACUGGCACCCUCAAGUCUUUUGCCUUAGAAAUUUUUUACCAGACCCAGAACCAGCUGCACCCCAAUUUGCGGAAAACGAUCCAACAGAUCUUAUCCCAGGGCUUGAAUCCACUUCCUGCCAUAGACACUACAGCAGUCACUACAGACACACCAGCAAUGGUGCUUGAGGACAAAGUCUCAGAGGCCACAAAUGGUGCCAUUUCACUCAGGGAUGUCAACGUGUCUGCUUAGAUCACCAGUUCAUGCCAGCCACGAAGCUUGAAAAUGGGGACAGGAACAGAGGAAAGAUACCAAGCAUUGCCUCCUUUCCUUCAGCCUUGCAGCUGCAGUGUGUUGUAACUGGAUUUCUCUCCCAAAACACAAAGCAAAUGUGCCUUCAAGUAACCAGCGUGUGAUACUGCCAGGUUUCAGAGAUCUCCGCCAGCUGUGUGAUGAAUAUUUUUAUUCAGUUUUUACUGGGCAGGGCCUCCUGGGCUGUUGCUUCUCCAUGGAAAGUGGAUAGUUCCCUUUCAUGAGGCUCUUCUGGAUGGUUUCUCCAGAUUUGUUGUUUGGAGGGGGGAGGGGUUUCUUUUCCUUAUUACUUUUUUCUUUUUUUUAUCUGAGGCCGCUGAGGCAUGUCCUACUUGCUGUGUGUAUGUUGCAGGGGAGUGUGUAUGUGUCAAACUGUCAUUGUCCUAAUAUUUGGGCUAAAGUUCUGCAAAGGAGAGACUCAGGAAUUGUUAGUGGCAACAAACAUGUUUGCAUGUUAUGCUCCUUCCUGUGACAGAGGUAUUGUGAUUUGGGAGGAAGGAGACUAAUGCUUAAAUGAGAAACUAAUUUUAAAUAGCUCCUCUUCCCCCCUGCCCAUAGGUGGCUAAAUAAUAAUAAUAAUGCUCUUUAAAUAUAUUAAAAGAGAUAUAAAAAAGAACAGGGAAACGUUAUGAUGGAUUUGAAAUCCAUCUCUAGUUAACCCUACUCUCAGUUUUCCCUUUGCACUCGUUGGGACAAGCAAUAAAGAAAUGUGUAGGCUUGAAUUUUCAAAAAAGUUAAAAUUAGGUUCCCAUAUGCCAUCGAUUCUGGUACUAGCUGGAUGCCUAAAUCUUUUUAACUGUUUUGACAAGUCUAGCUGCAACUUUUGCUGGUGUGUCAGGAUGUGUGGUACAUGCAUCAGAUGCACUCUAUGUGUCUCCCGUUCUGUCCUUUUGGAGGAAUUAACAAGACCUGAAAUUUUUUUAAGAUCCUCAGCAUAUCUUGACCUGUAAGUCAGCUGUGAAAAUAUCCAUACUAAGAUUUUACCACCUUGAUUAAUGUUUGCCUGAAUAACAGUUGCCCUGUCAUAUGAUAGUCUGAGGGAAGCGCCAUUUUUCUUGAUGUGAAACUUUUAAGUCCCACUUUACCCAAGUCUGUUUUCUGACUUAUGGUGGGAGUAAGGUGCCAUUUCAUUUCCCUGGUGUGCUGUUCCUCUGGAUCACUGGCCAGCCAUGCAGGAUGGGAAGACACUGUCUUCCCUCUGUGCUGUUUGGUCUCAGGAAGCUGAGGUUGUUGCAGAGUACAGGCGAUGGUUCUUAGACUGCCACAAACUUUUUAACAUGUGGGUACCCAUGUGCUCUCUGAGCUCCCACAAGGCAUCUCUGAGCUGAUGCAUCACCAGGAUACUAGGACAAAAGCCAAAACAUUUGGAAAAGGCUCAGCUAACAGAGAUGUGAGAGAGAAAUUGUUUUAUACUUCAGGGCAAAUUUUAACCCUGGUGUGGGGAUCUGCACAGACAGGAAGAGGAGGAAAUUUGGGAGGUUUUUUUUUCCUUCACCAAAAGUAUCUGUUUACACCCAUGUGUGGAUGGGGACUUAGGUGCUGUUACUGGAUCUGCAUUUUCUGGCUUUAAAUUAAUUUGGACUUCACCAUAGCCUUAGCCUGGGCUGAACUGGGAUAAAGCAAUAAUAAACUCAGGCCUCUGUAGUGCUUCAUUAGUUUUAAAAAUGGGCCAUCAGCAUUUUUGGGCUUCAGAACUCCAAGCUCUGCUCUUUGCUCCUUGAAUGGGAUUAUCUUUUAAAUUCUGUUUUGUUUUCCCAGAAAGGAUGGAGAAUGAUGUUUUCUACACAAAUCUCUUUCCUUUUCAUUUGUUGUUCUAUUGAAAGAGAUUUGUAAAGCUGACUUUACACUUCCGGAAUUGCCGCUGUUGGUGCUGUGUCUCCUGGAGCCCACUGCCAGCAGCAGCAGCAGCCUGCUCGAGACCAGGAACCACUAGCAUUUUUUGGAAUCACGAGCCUCUGUUUUAACACAUUUUAUUUAGUGGGAGAAUGUUUGUGACCCUGGUGGGAAUUUUUUCAUUUACAUGGAUGCCUUAUGAUGAUUGUCAAAUUAAACUAAGCUUUGUGACAA